AUGCAGAGAAAUUCGGAAAAUUCGAAAAAUGGUCGGAGGGUGUCUUCUUCUUCUUAUAUGUCUGCUGCUGCUGCUGCUGGGGCUGCUGCUGCCCUCCGACUGUCUGUAGACGCCCGCGCGGGAAAGGAGUACACGACGCAGACACACCAAAGAGACAAAACAUGA